AUGGCUUGGCAUGCCUCGCCGUCGGCUUUAUGCCAUUGGGAAGCAUCGCCACCUGCUGGUCUUUCUACGGCCUCCAGCUUUCUCGGUCGCAAAGGAGACCUUGAUGUGGAACGCUUGCUUAUGCCCAAACUGCCUCCUCCGAUGAAAAAGCACCUCUUUACCAAAACCCCGAAGUUGCGGCAUCACAUAGCCAAGGAAGCCCAGCACCUUUUGGACCUGGCAAAGCUUUCAGGUCCUGAGUCUGUCCAGCAGAUGAAGAGUGCCAUUGAUCAAGGCCUGGAAGCACUGAACCAUGAGGCGGAUUUGCACCCACUGGAGUUCAAACAGUCUCUCCGAGAGCUGGAAAUGAUUGAGGCAAUGACCAAGGCUCAAUCCAUGCCUUGGUGGGCCUUCUGCGGGCCCGAGACUAGCAUGCUUCCACGCAAAGAUCUUGCAACCUUCCUGUGA